AUGGCACAGCCCGCCCAGUACCCAGGAGGCAAAGAAAUUGUAACUUUCGGCGAAGUGACCGGUGACGCCCGAGCGGAGUACUUUGCCCGAUACACCAGUGCGUCCCUGGGGAAAGUCAAAAAUCUCUACAUGAGAUGGGCGCGCCUCGGUCAUGCCAUGAGCCCGCAAUGUCAACAACUCAAUCGGUUGUUUUCUCAAUGCGUCGAUGGAAACCACAUCCGGAUUCCUGACGACCUCAAGGAAUUCACGAAGUUAGAGGAUCCGUCUGAACCUAAACAUACCGUCGCUCCCUUCAUCUUGGAUGUUCUGCAUGAUGCUUGCACCCAGCUCAUUCUUCAGGCUGACAACACACGACCCAACGACUGCGAUGAAGUCGACGUGAUGGAGGUCUUCCUCGCACGAGACAAGAUGGCGAUGUCUGAAUUCGAAUUACUGCAUCUUCUACUGCGCUGGUGUAAGCAUAGCGGUGAAGACAUCCUCGAAUACAGUCACCAUCUCGAUUUCAGUGCUUUGAGCGAUGAGCAGCAAAUAUGGUUUCUUGGCUGCCUUCCACCGUCUGCAACUGCGCCGAGUUUGGUACGGAACGGGCUUCUCCAGUCAGAACUCGUCACGCCUGACGAGGCCUUGGGAAUCUUCCACAAGAAACUCAUCAUCUUGACGGUGGAUAAACGUCUGAGCGUUGCGAUAUACGUACCAAAAAAGAUUGAAAGAGCAAGCGAAGUUCAAGUCGACACCGGCGUCUUAGUCUUCGCUUUCCCCCACUCACAAGGCCUACAUUCACCAAACUACAAAAUGCUACCAACCAAGGUCAAUUACAGGCUGUUUUGCGAUGAGCAUAUGUUUCAAUUGUACGAACGUCAGCGAAGUAACACAUGGAUCUUUCUGAGGCGUCCUCAGGCUGACGAUUCGCUCUACCGAAAUGAGAAAAACAAAGGAGACAAACGCAGAGCACACGAGACUACUGUGCGCGACGGAGUCAACUUUGACUGCAAAGCUAGCAUUGCUUUGGACAAAGUUGGUCGAGGACUUCAGCAGCAUAUCGGCAAGGUGCAGCAAAAUGGGGUAUUGGGUGCGGUAGGUUGA